CAGGCCUAUUUUAGGCCCCGGGCUGGGAGGCGGCUAGCCUUUCCAGCCUCUGAGGAGCCACUGCUGCCUUCAUCCUGUCCUGCUACUGGGUGUUAUUAUCAGCCCCCCAACUGUCCACCACCCACCAUGCCUGAGGAGACCCAGGAAGCAGACACUGUGGCACUGACAGCGAGCCCCAGGAGCAGGGCGCCACUGGCCCCCAGCCACACACAGGAGGUGCGGCUGCACAGGGUGGAGUCCAUCAGUGACCUGCACAGUGGAGGUUCGCUGUGCCCCUACCUGGCCGAGGAGGCACAGCCAUGGGAUGAGCUGCUGGGCAUCUUGCCCCCGUCACUGUGUGCCCAGGCUGGCUGCGGUCCCCUGCAAGGCCGGGGAAGCUUUCUGAUGCUGCUGGCACUGCUGGUGCUCACCUGCCUGGCACUCGCCAUUCUGGCUGUCUAUCUGAGCGUGCUGCAGAGCGAGUCUCUCCGCGUGUUGGCACAUACCCUGCGCACCCAGGAAGAGACGCUCCUCAGGCUCCGGCUGGCCAGCCUCAGCCAGCUGCGCAGGCUCAACUCCAGCGAGGCCCCCGCACCCAGCUGAGACACCACUGGGACUAGGGCUUGGGGAUGGGGGGGGCGGGGAUAAAGUGGCCAAGGCAGGCUUCUCCUGACCCACCGUUCUGCACUACUUCCUUGGUGGGGUUUCUGUACCAGAGUCUGACCUGACCACAUGCUACCCACCUCUCCUGUCUUCAGGCCAGGGCUGGCCAGGUUUUCUGGUGCCAAGGCCCUGGUUUGGGUGGCCCAAGGUCAGAGGAAGCAAUACCAGCCUCCUGGCUCCUUCAGUGGCCUGUCAGCAGCUUCUGGCUUCCCCCAGACAUAGGUUCAAAUCUAGAAAUAGCUGCCCCCACCCCAGUUGCCCAAACUCUGCCAGGCCUCCCAGCAGGGAUCCAGCCUCAGUGCUCAAGCAGGAGAGCUCUGAGGAUGGGGAGGACGGCCACCUGAGGAGACGGUCUCAGAAGGCAAAGAUGAGAUGGAGAUGGUGCAGGGCCCACGAGGGCAGCAGAUGGGAGGGAGGCAGAAAUAACCAGAGCGAAUGGCUGCAGAAGGCUGAGCAUUUAGUUUAAUUAUCUCUAAUAAUCUUUAAAAAUCAGCAUAUAGAUCCAUUCCAGGCACCCCCGUGUCCCCACCUGUUUCGGUGCCAUUUGGCAGAUGCCGUUCCCCUCAAGGACGUGGGUCAUCCCAGAGGAGCAGGGCCCGAGGAAGGAGAGCAAGGGACGGCCCUCCUACCAUGUGCCCCACAGCUCUGGGAUAAGCACACAUCUGGCCAGGCCUGGGACAGGGCAGGGAGAGGCCACAGCGCUGUGGGCAGGGGCAAGGGGCCAGGAUCCCAAUUGCCCUGGCCUCUGGCCACCCCAUCCCCAUGUCUGUUUUUGGUUUUGUCAUUAAAAAAAUAAAGCGAUGAUUCCCGGCA